AUGACGUCUCUUUACUUUGAUAUAACACAUCAACGAAAGUCGUAUCAAACACUAAAUUUAUUGAUGGGAAGUUGGACAGUAGAUCAAGUUAGCCAAUGGUUAAGCAAGAAUGGCUUUGGAAAAUAUAUACGAAGGUUCAAAGACGAAAAUAUUGAUGGUGAAGCUCUAAUGAAAUUGACUGACAAUCAAAUUGAGUAUUUAUUAUCUGUAUCAAAUCAAGAUGGUAGUGGAAAAAAACCAACACUAAAAACAAAACGUAUAUUUAAAGCAGAGCUAGAAGUAUGGAAGACAACAUUUGAAUAUGAAAAAAAUAAACGGGAAAAAAGAGCAGAUCUUUCAUUAUCUAGCAAAGCUAAAGUACCUACUGAUUUAAAAGAAGUUUCAAAAGUGACUAACAUUGAUACACAUCAGCAACAAAUAAUACCCUCUGAACCAGUUCCAUCUAUAUUCGCUUCUUCGAGUAGCACGGAUACAAAAAACAAAAUAUAUAAACAAGAUCUUGCCGCUUCAUCUGUUGAUAUUUCAAAAAAAUUGGAUAAAACAACCAGUGAUAUAAAAACAUGUUCAACUGCAUAUUAUAUUAAAUCAAUGGAUAUUAAUUUGAAAUUUUUCAAAAAUGAAUUAUUCUGUUCUAGUUUAAAAGAGUACAUUUCAAAUACAUAUGAUGUAAAAUGUUAUAUAUCAUCAGACGAUCAAAAAAAGAAAAAUAUUGCAACACAAAUACAAUUAACAGGUGUCCAAAACUCUAUAGAAAAUGCUUACAACGAUCUACAAUCAUUAUUUGAAACUGUUAAUACAAAAAUUUUCAACAAUGAAGUAAUAGAUGAAAAAGUUAUCUAUUGGUCAAAAAAUCUUUAUUGUGAUUCGGAUAUUACUGUUAUACAAAAAAUUUUUGAUAAACAAAAACUAUUCACUGUAUGGCGCAAGACGGACAUAUUAUCAGGAUAUUAUGUUGUUCAUUAUUUUACUAAAACUGAUGUUUUUAGUAUAUCAGAAAAUUAUAUAAAUCAAAUAAUUAAUAAUGAAAUAUUAUAUAUACAAGAUAUAAUUAUACCAGAAUUUGAAAAUAUACAAAAAAAUUUCCGAAAAAAAAUAGAACAGUUUAUCACUAAAAAAAAACAAGAACAACAACGACUAGAAACAUAUACAAUCAUUUAUUGUAUCUAUCCAGGACAAACAGAAUUAAAAAUUAGUUUCUUUGGACAAAAUUUUUUAGUGAAACGUGCAGCUAGACAAUUAAAAUAUCUGAUCGAUCAAAAUCGAUUAACGACAUUUACAACUGAAUUUACUCUUACACAACGUAAUUAUCUAUUAGAUAAUUGUGUUCAUCAAUUGGAAAAUAUUGAACAUGAAUAUAAAGAUGAUAAUGUCAAAAUACGAAUAAGAGAAAAUCAAUUAUAUGUACCUCAUUAUUUAAAAAUAAAAAUCCAGCAAAGAAUUAAUAAUUUAAUUGAUCAACAAUAUCCAAUUACUUUUCAAUAUAUUGGAAAUGAUUCUAUAUUAACAAAUAAUGAAAAGUUACAAUUAGAAGAAAUAGCUGGACAAUUUAAAUGUCAAAUUGAUAAAAUAGAUUUGCAAACCAAGAAAGAAAUUAUCACAUUACCAAAAAUAACCAAUACAUCCACGUCAAAAUCAACACCAAAACUUAUCAUUAAACAAUCAAAAGAAUUUUAUUAUUCAUUAUCAAUAUCGAAAAAAACAUUAAUAUCAAAUAGUACAAUAGAACUUCAUUUAGUCAAUGACUUGACUGCACCAAAGGCAGAUAUUACUAUUGUUUCAAUGAUUACAAAUGAUAUCGAAGACAAUAGUAAACUAAAUGACAAUAAUUUACACAAUAAAAAAGAUAUUGAUAAAAAUGUUAAACUUUUCUACAGUUUACCAGAUUGGUCGAAAGUAAACAAUGAUCAAAAUGACACAGAUUUUAAAAAUUCAAUAAAAACUUUCAUAUCAAAUUCAUUAAGAGAUAUUUCGAUUCUUAGUAUUAAUAAAGAAAUUAUAAUUACAUUUUCUACAGAUGGAUGGGAAAAUUAUUUAAAUAAAAAACGACUGGCAGAAGAAAUCAUUAAUGAGAUAAAAGUUCAACUUGAAACAAGUAAAUUAUCUAAUUUUCAUUGGAGAAUUUUAUUUAUUUUUAAUGAUAAACAAAUUGAUUUAUACAAUCAAUUUUUACAAAAAAUAUUAUUAUUAACGAUGAAAAUUAAUCAUUAUGAACAAUUUUUUUAUCCUAUAUCAAGUGUUACAAUAAGUUUAAUAGCAUCAAAAGAUAGUAAUAUUGUCAAAUGUCGACAAGCAAUAAAUAGCUACAUGCGUAAAUCGAAAUUUGCAAUGAUAGAAAUUCAUAAUGCUUUUAAUGUUGAAAUUUGGAAUCAACAUUUAAUCAAUAUUUUUUAUAAAUAUUGUCUUGAGAAAUUUGUUUUACCAAAAAUAAGUCUAACCAAUAGACGAUUAAUAUUAAUUGGUUCAAUAUUUGCUGUUAAUAAAGUGAAACAAAAAUAUGAAUUCAUAGAGGAAAUUUUAAGACAAAAGAAUCUAGGAUCAAUUGCGUAUGCGAAAAAAUCCAGCUAUCGGCUUACAUCUACGAUGCAAAUGUUUGGCAAUAUGGCGGAUGCAUUUAAUAUUAUCAUAAGUUGUUCUGUUAAUGAUAAAACAUUUUCACAAUUACUUGCCGAUCGUCUAAUUGAUGAAGGUUAUUUAGUACAUGUCAAUCGUUAUAAUGCACCAACUGCUAUAAUACGACAGAAAUUUCAAAAAUCAGAUUUAAUACUUGUUCUUUUUAGUCAAAAUUAUACAACAGAUGAAAAUUGUUUGGCAGAUUUAAAAUUUGCACAAACAAUUAAAAAAAAAAUUCUUCCAGUCUUUUUAACAAAAAAUUUCUUAGAACAAGACUGGAUUCAAUAUAUUACUACUCAAGAAUUAUAUUAUGAAUUAUUUGGAGAAGAAAUUCGAUUCGAGUUAGAUGAGAAUUUUGAUUUAAAAUACGACAAAUUAUUAAUUGAAAUACUUCAUCAUACAAAACCGGGUCUAGUUGGUCAUACAUAUUCAGUAUCACAAAAUGUUUUUAACGAAGAUCAACAACAACAACAAAAAACAUCUGAACGACAAAAUUCAUCAUUACAAUUAACUACCGAACAAAUAGAACAACGAAGAAAAAUUUAUAAAGAAAAAGUGAAAGAAUUAAUUGAACGACAGAAGAUUCCAACUUAUCUUUUAGAAGAAUUCAUUGAACUUGCAAAAAUAGUCAUCGAAGAUUACAAGAAUGGUGGUUUUCGUUAUGAUGAAAAUAAAUCCCGUGACGAAGAAAAAACAUAUGAACUUAACGAUUAUACUAUCGUAUUCCUAUCAUCUAUUGAACGUUGGAUAGAAAAAGCAUCGAAUGGAAGUGCUAUAUUGGGUAAUAUACCACCAUUUACUUUAACUGGAGAUUUCAAUGAUGCUAUAUUUCCAGUUAUAUAUAAAGAUAAAGAAGCAUGGUGGACAAAAAAUGAAUAUCCACCUUUAGACCAUAUAAUAGCGAACGAUGAUAGGAAUUACUUAUCAUCUAUCAUUGGUUCAUGGUAUAAUCAACGUGAAGCAUCUCAUUAUUUUCAAAAACUAAUUGAUCGAGAUGUUCAAUUACGAGAAAACAGAAAAGAUAAAGUUCCAGAAGUUGUUCAACAUAUUAUUAACGAGAAUAAUAGAUUAGAUAUGAAGCUUUUCAAAGCCAUUAGUUAUACUGAUUUUACAACAGAAAUUAAAAAAGGUACAACUGGUUGGGAUAUUACACAAGAUAGUUUAAUACUGAAACAAUAUCGUGUAAAACAAAAGAACAAGAUCACGGAAAAAUCUAAGAAAAAACCAACAGUUUGGAAUCGUAUAAUAGAACAAACUGUAGAAUUAAUAAGAAAUAUUAAUGAAAAUAAAAUUACUUCAGAUUCGAAUAUUUUACAAGGAAAAAUUGGAAAUGAAUUGAAAACAAGAAAAGAAAUACGAACACAAAAUGAACUUGAUAAUCCAAAUAAUAAACGUUGGAAAACUAAACAUCGAUCUCCACAUCGAGCAAAUUUUAUUCAACAGCAAAUACAAAAUAUAAUUGAAUUCGAGAAAUUUUGUAAUACAUCAUCAAGACAAUCAAUAAAAACAAACUAA